GGAAGCGCCGGGCCCGGGGCAGGGGCAGCGCCCGCAGGGGGAAGGCCGCGGGCCCCCGGCACCGCGGGACUGCGCUGCUGGCAGCGCCCCCGAGCCCCGGAGAAGGGAGCCAGGAGGGUUCCCCCGGCGGUGUCCGGUCCCCGGCGGUGUCCGGUCCUCCCGGCGGUGCCCGGUGUCCGGUCUCAGCACGUGUUGAUCUCAGGGCCGGUGUUGAUCUCCCGUGCCAGCCCGGCCGAAGGAGCUGGGGCUCCCACACAAGCUGCAGCCUCAGCACGGGGCUCGUCCGUGCAUCCCAGAGGAAUCGCACGCGUUGAGAGGUAGAGCAACGUGUGGCAGGAUGUGUGAAGGGCCAUCCAGGAUUUCUGGACCCAUUCCUCCAGACCCAGGGCUCUUUCCAGAGUAUUACAAACGCCCCCUCUCAGCUCGAGGGAGGCUGGAAGGAAAUGCUCAGAGGCUGUUUUUAACCUCCAGCCCUCUGGACACAGUCCCCAGCCCCUGCCUGCCUCUGGGCAGUGCCCGCCAGGCCCAGCCAGCCCCUCGUGUCCGCCCCAGCGGGAAGGACUUCCUGGAGAGGGGACAGAAAGGGACACUCGGCCUCCUGCUGCAGCUCCAGGGCAUCUCCCUUGAUGGGGGGCUGCCAGCUAAGAGGAAAGAGGCCAAGGACUACGAGAAGGAAAAUGUGAGGCGGAUAAAGGAGAUUCAGAGGAAGUGCAAGGAGAAGGAGCGAGCCCAGGAGCACAGCCAGCCCAAGCCUGUGAAAGCUCUCUGGAAAUCCCAGAAAUAUGAAAAUGUGGAGUCAAAGGUGAAGGCCAAACUGCAGGAGACCUCUCCACCUCCCAAUCCCGAGGCUGUGAAUUUCCUGAGGGCGUAUUCCCGCUGUGGCUCUGGGAUCAAGCCAUGCAGACCACUGUCCCCAGGGCCUGGCAGGGCAAAGGCAGGAGCAGACACAGAGGCUCCAGAGGCACAGGGUGCUGAAACCAAGAUGCAGGUGGAGGGCAGGAGCGUUGACUUCAUCAGGCACAACGCGUGCAGCGCCAAGCGGGCGCCGCUGCGCCGCUCGCAGUCCCUGCAGGCGCUGGCCCAGCUGCUGCAGCACCGGCAGCAGGAGCAGGAGCACUACAAUGCCAGGCAAAAGGGACACGUCCCCCAGUACCUGCUGGAGAGGAAGGAGCUGUGGCGCAAGCAGGCGGAGGAGCGGCUGCGGAACCUGCCCGACCCCGACACCCCCCCUGGGCACACCCUGAUGCCCGAGGGCCAGCGCCUCGAGACCCUCAGCAGCCUGAAACAGAGCCAGGAGCAGCUGGUAAAGGACCUGGUUCUGCUGCCCAUGCGUGGAGACAGCCUCAGGAUGCAGAAGAGGCGGGUAGAGCUCGAGAGGAAGCUCUCCCAGAUAGAUGAGGCAGUCAAAAUUUUCUCAAGGCCCAAAGUCUUCAUCAAGUUGGACUCCUGAGCUGGUGGGGCCAGGUGUGCUGUGCUGCUCUGCCUGAACAUCCUUUGUUGCUGGGCAGGAAUGGACAUCACUUUUUGGGAGGGAAGGAGAGGAAGCCAAGUUCAGACCCUGGGCCCAUGCAGGUGCCAAGAACAGUGUCCAGUGCACAGCUGGCAUCUCUUGCUCACCUUUCAGUGCUGUAUCUUGUCCACAGAAAAGGGAGGGAGAUGUCCUAAUAAAGGCCCUGCUCAGUGGUCUGGGGAGCAGUUGUCUCUGCUGCUUGACUUCUCACAGAUCAGCUCUCUGCUCUGGAUCUGUGGCAUCACCUCUUACUUUCCCCGUUUUUCCUACUUUAGAAACUGGUAGGAGGUCUCUUGUGCUGCUGUCUGUGGUAUUCCUUGUAUUCUCUUUCUCCUGAGCUGGACCGUGGUCAUGGCUCAUCCUGAGCACCUGAGAGCUCAGGGGACAGCUUGGGGACAAGAAGGAGGCACAGAGCUUCAAUGUUCUCUGCCCAGGGAAGGGCUGAGCUGUCAGGAGGGUCUGGUCAGAUGUCUGGAGAAGCCUUUGUUGUCUGUGGGGCAGGAGAUACUCCAAUAAAUCAUCAUUUCCAUCUUGCAGUGUGUGUGCAGCUCCCAGUGGGCCCAGCAGGGCCUGAGGAAUGGUGUGGGCAGCAGAAACCAUCAGUGCAGGCAGGGGAUCAUGGACUGGAGAAUGUGCAAAAUCCUGCUGGAUCUCCAUCCACAGGCUGGCAGGACAGGGCUGGAAGGUGCCAUCACACAGGUGAGCUCUCUGCUGCCUUGCCUGGAGAUGCCAUGCAGGAGCCUGUGCAGACCUUUGCAGGGAUCUUGCUGCGUGAAGCAAAGAAGCUGUGAGGGAUGGCUGGAGGGCUUGGUGUGUCUCCUGCUCAGCAGAGGCACAGUGCCACAGCUUGGAGCCAUAUCUAACUGAAUUUGGAGAAUCUCCAGGGAGGGGCUUGUCCCCUUCACCUUACUGGGGCUCUGUCUGCAGACAGUGCUGGCCUCAGGGGGAACACUUUUUCCCCUGAAAUCCCAUCAAGUUUUCCUUUCUUGCUGCUUGUGCUGUUGCUCCAUCUCCAUUUGCUACACAGGGUGGAUUUGCUACUGUGUGUGGAUUUUCCAAGCAGCUGCCUUUUUGCAGGGGUUGCUCCAUCCUGGGCAGGAUUGUGGAGUAUCCUAGCCCUGCCUGUGCCACCUGGCACACUGCAGUGCCCUGGGAUGUCAGGGCUGACGCUGCUGCCAAGGGGUGGGGAAUAUUUUGGCACUGGAGGGCUGGAGGAGGAGAGAUGCCAACUGGAAAAUCACCCCAUGUGCCCCUGGGGCCACCUCAGGGCAAACCCCAGCCAGGCUGAGCCUGCUGGAUGAGAGUGACUGGGGGCCAUGGGCACAGCCCCUGGGCACCUCCCUGCCCAAAACCAGCCUGGGCUAACCAGCCCUGCUGCCAGAUCUGCUCUCUGGUCUGUCUGGGCCCUGGCUGUGUGCCAUGAGUGUCCUCAGCCCUUGCUGCACUCCCAGCCUGCCCUGCCCUGAGGCUCUGGACAGAGUUGGUGCUGGCUUUUCAGACCCUGAGAGCUGCAGGGCUUCCUCAUUGCCAGUCCCACCACAAGCCCUUGGCAGCAGUGAGUGCCACCAUCAGCUUGGCACUUCUGGGAGAGGGACUGAGGGUGCUGGGAGCCCCAGCAGAGCAGUAGGGACAGGUGUGGACCCCCCUGCCCUGAGCUUGGGGCUGAAGAAGGAGGAUGGGGCUGGACUAUGCCCAGCAGCGUUUGCAGGGCUGAGUGACAGCCAAGGUGCUGCUGCCAGACCAGGUGUCCCCUGCGUUAGUGAGGGCCCUGCAGCAGGGACAAGGUGGGAAUGGGGGGACCAAGCAAGGCUGACUGCAUCAGGCCAUCAGGCCAGGUGGCUGCCCAAAACAGCCUGGACACCUGUUCUGGAACAGGCACAAUGAGUCUCAGUGGGGUCACCCAGCACAGCAGCAAAGAUCAAGGCCACCACCCCCAGGCACUGCCUUCUGUGUACAGGGCUGGGGAACCCACCUGCUGUCCCCCUCCUCCCUGCAGUGACACCAACCAGGGACAAGCAUGGUGCUUUCUAGAAAAAGUUUUACUGUCCAUUGCAAUAUAUUAAUGAUGCAUAUUUCAAUAAAACA